UCCGUUGAUGGGAGCAAACUGCCAAAGCCGGUGAGCAGCCUGGGCCACACCAACGAUGCGUCGAUGCCCCUGAGGCCCCGAUCCGGCGUCGCGCCGGCCUUCACGCUCGAAUCUGGGGGAUCCCACGGGCCACGGCCGCUGGAGAACUCCUAGUCGGCUAGCCCCUGGCCGCGCUGCAGGCGCGGAUGGCGUCCAUGGAGGACGGCGUGAAGGAGGCGCGGCAGGGGCAGCACAGGCUGUUCCGGUGGGGGAUGCUCAAGGUGUUCCUGCUGCUCGGCGUGGCGCUGUCCGUAGCCGGCAUGCUCGUGGCGCGGCACGGGCACGCGGUGGUGUCGGUCGCCGUCCGGCCGUGGCUGGGGUCGUCCCUCGCCGCCGCCGCCGCCGCCGCGGCGGCGGAGGGGCUGGAGCACUCGAUGACGGACGAGGAGCUGCUCUGGCGGGCGUCGUUCGCCCCGGGGAUACGGCGGUACCCGUUCCGGCGCGUGCCCAAGGUGGCCUUCGUGUUCCUCACGCGCGGCCCGCUGCCGCUGGCGCCGCUCUGGGAGCGCUUCUUCCGGGGCCACGAGGGGCGCUACUCCAUCUACGUCCACGCGCUGCCGUCAUACCGGGCCAACUUCACAUCCGGAUCCGUCUUCUAUCGACGCCAAAUCCCCAGUAAGGUUGCAGAAUGGGGUAAGAUGACAAUGUGCGACGCUGAGAGGCGUCUACUUGCCAAUGCCUUGCUGGAUAUAUCAAAUGAAUGGUUUGUGCUUGUGUCCGAGUCAUGCAUUCCUAUAUUUGAUUUCAACACUACAUACCAGUACUUCUUGAACUCAAGCCAAAGCUUUGUCAUGGCGAUUGAUGAUCCCGGACCAUAUGGACGGGGGCGAUAUAACUGGAACAUGACCCCUGAGGUUGAACUUGACCAAUGGCGCAAAGGCUCGCAAUGGUUUGAAGUCAACCGGGAACUUGCUAUUGAAAUUGUCAAGGACACGGUUUACCACCCAAAGUUCAAGGAAUUCUGCAGGCCUAGCUGUUAUGCUGAUGAGCACUAUGUCCAGACAAUGCUCUCGAUUGAAGUUCCGCAGGCCCUGGCUAACAGGAGUGUUACUUGGGUAGAUUGGUCCCGAAUUGCUGCACAUCCAGCAAGGUUUGGUAGGAGUGAUAUCACGGAGGAAUUCUUGAGGGGAGUCCGAGAGGGACAGACUUGUAUGUACAAUGAUCAGAAUACAACAUUGUGCUUCUUGUUUGCUCGGAAGUUUGCGCCAAGUGCAUUGGAGCCAUUGUUAGAGUUGGCACCCACUGUCCUCGGUUUUGGAUGAUCUAUGUUUUAGAGACUUGCUAGAUUUAAUGCGACUUAAAUCGCGCAAUACCUAGAAUAGGGGGUUAGGUUUAGCAAAGGAUGUGGGUGGGUUUUAUCUGGAUUAUGGAAUUUUAAAUCCAAAUGUUCUAAAUAGAUCACCAUGUUUUAACCGGUGCCACCUGUAAUUUUUAUAUUGGAUCAUUGUUGGAUUACAUAUAUGAAUAAUUUGUUGUAUGAAAACAUGCUCGGUGCCCACCUUCGCUUGAUCACAAAUAUAAUCUUUUCUCUUGUAUUA